UGUUGGUGCUUUCUUCUUUCGCCUUCUCCUGCGUUUAGUUUCGUUUCAAAUAUUCCCCUCGCUACGACUCUACGAGUGCCUAUUGCAUGGGUCUUGGAUUUACUUAGCGCAAGGAGGUUGCGGUUUGAGCAAAAGGACAUUCGCUCUUUUCAUCUUCCAACACUCUCCGGCCAUCUCUACAUCAACUAGGCCAUCGUAUCGCAAAUCAGCCGGUCCGGGAAACACUCGAUCGCUGGGAUCACGCUGGACACUGAAAACCGGGCUAUACCUCCUACAUCACGAAUUACGAUUGACGGCCAUACAAAUCUUCUUGAGACGACAACCCGUUCAGCACUCGAAUAGACCUUGCCGAUUUACGAAUAAAAAUCAGUGUUUCACUGCCUAGUUGACCUGUCCAAAAGCGAGCCUCGUAAGAUCUUCUUCCAUCCCGACUUGCCAUCAUGGCAGACUUUGCAUUCAAGCGGCAGGACGACACUGGAAUCCCUACAGAAACCACCAAAAUUGUACCUCUUACCUGCCAUGGCCACUCACGACCUAUCACUCAUGUCUCUUUUUCUUCGUUACUGGCAAGCUCUGGCUCCGCGUCGCAAUACUACAUGAUCUCUGCCUGCAAGGACAACAACCCGAUGCUCCGCGAUGGUCUUACCGGCGAUUGGAUCGGAACAUUUAUCGGCCACAAAGGCGCGGUAUGGAGCGCGCGACUCUCCGAUGAUGCCACCCUGGCCGCUACUGGAUCCGCCGACUUCUCCGCAAAGGUGUGGGACACGUUCACCGGACAAACGCUGCACACACUCCAGCACAACCACAUCGUUCGAGCGGUGGCCUUUCCACCUCAGGAAAAACCUCAAGUACUCGCAACAGGAGGCAUGGAAAAGAAACUCCGGAUUUUCGAUCUGUCUCACACUGGCGAUGACAACUCAUCCACGAGCGAGAUCACCAACGGCAGCUCACCUGAACCAUCUUCCUACGAGAUUGGCGCAGGCGAACAUCAAGGAGCGAUCAAAUCCAUCAUCUGGUCCCGCGACCCGAACGUGCUCAUCACCGCCGCAGACGACAAGAAGAUCCGAUGGUGGGAUCUCCGUGCCCGCUCUCUCAUCGCCUCCUACGACAUCGCCGGCCUCCCACUUUCCUGCGAACUCAACGCUGGUCUUGCGGGCUACCCAGAAGGCAUCAUCAGCGUCGCAGCCGGCAAAAACAUCUACUUCUUCGACGGCGCGCGACCAGGACAGUUGAUCAAACACAUCGCCACGGAGCGGGAAGUCGCCAGUGUCGCGCUGAAUGGAGAUGCAAAGCGCUUCGUGACCGGAUGUCCGAACGAUACGUGGGUGCACGUCUGGGACUGGGAGACGGAGAGGGAGGUCGAGACCGGGAGAGGACAUCACGGACCGGUAUGGACGACAUGUUUCAGUCCGGAUGGCAGGUUGUAUGCUACCGGGAGUGAGGACGGGACCGUGAAGAUGUGGAAAUUCACGCAAGGGCCCUAUGGGUUGUGGAGAUGAUCGAGAGGGUGGGGAGGGAAGUCGAGAUCAUGUGCAAGACUUUGGUAGCGGAUGGGAGUCGUUCGCGACCCGCGUUUGGGAGUCAGUUGUAUGGUACCCGGGCCAUCAUAGGACUAGCAUGCGUGCAUACAGAACCCAAAGCGACAGUGGGCGUGUAGACGCCUCGCUCACAGGAAAGCUCUUUUCGCCGCCAGUCAAGCCGAAGAAGAAAGACAGUCCGGC